AUGCCUGACAUCACACGUGACGCGGACCUGCUGAAGAACCUUGGGCGCCUCGUGGAGACGAUUCCCACGAUCGAUCACGAGACAGGGACGUCGAUUGCUGCAUUCGGCGACUUGGAGAAGAUCGGCGCCGAGGAGAAACCGUUCGUGUUGUUUGAGUUUCAAAAAGUCGCGGACCCAACCAUCCCGUUCUACCUCCAAGGAAGUGCUGAGUUUCAAGAAGCUGAAGCCCUUGAGAAGCGACGGCAGCUCAAGCAGUCACGCCACGUCGGGGAGGCCAUUCUUCAGUACUGGAGGGUCUUUCCCAAGAUUGUCGUGAUCGACGAAAACGUGAUCACAAAGGCAGAGUACAUGCAAGUGAUGCUGCUGAUUUUCAAAGUCCUGCGAAGCGAUUUUGAAAAGGCUACAGCAACGAUUCAAAUCGACAAAGACUGGAUCGUCGAUUCUAAGUCGAGCCAGUACAUGACCUCCGCCAUGUUCUUCGAUGCCUUGUUUGAGCUGGUUGACGUGUGGACAUGCGACAUCGAAGAAGCGACGUAUGUUGGGUUUCUAGACCUCUUGUACAAGCGCAUAUCGGUGCGCGUGAUCGUGUUCUUCGACGGCACCGUGAUCAAAGUAACGCUGGAGAACAAAUCCAAGUCAUUGCAUGAACUCAUGGCCGAAGCGGUGCCGCUCGCAACGUUGAGUGCGUUCAGCCACAUCGCUCGGUACAUGGGGAACUCGUCGAUCACGACAAUGGGCGAUUUGGCCAAGGCAGAACCCGUCGACAUUGAGCGCAUGCGUCUCGAGUACAUCGAAAAGAAUAACCUGUCGACGGAAAUGUUUGGUUCCGACUUGUUUCAGGUUCUCGAGCUCAUGGGACGUGUCGCGUCGGCGGAAGUGAACAGCCUCAACUCGCUUGUGAGUCUCACGAGGGCCGACCCGGCGCUCAUCGAUUGCGUUCGGCAAGCUUUUCUCACCGCCCGCCGCAUCUCGACCACGGAGCAAACCACGAUGAACAACAUUUUGGAAGAACUGGUCAAGUUUGGUAUCAACCCGGAGACGCUCGCGAGUGAUUCGAUGGCAAAGGAGACGUACAUGAGCUUGUUUACGUUAUUCGUCGUCAAGACGGGGGGCGAAAUCGCCGACUUGGCGAAGAGAGACUUGAUACGGAUCAAGGACCAAAUGGAGCGCCAUGGGCUCCACGUUCCCGAAGACAUGAUCGAGUUCAAGUACAAGGAAUUUUACAAAACCGUGAUUAAAACCACGGGCGCCGAGGUCGUGCAAGGUGCCAAACAAUGGAUCGCCACCAACUCGAACGAGGCGUCGCUGUCGUCGCUCAUCGAGAACGAAUACGAUGAGUUUAAACCUCUUGACGAAGCACACGCCUUCACAACCGACGACGCUGAGUUCACUGCGCUGAUUGCGCCAACUUCGAGCACCACUACCGCGCCGGUCGUACGAGCAAAGGAGGAUGCUGUAAAACGUGUCAAGACCGAGCCAGUUGCAGCAACGCCAAAACCCUCGGCAAUGCCAGAGACGGUGACAUCCCCCGUCAUUCCAGUGAAAUUUGCUCCUCCCAAACCAGUUGUGCCCGAUCCAAAGCCACCCAAACGAAAAAAAUCUCCUCCUGCGGCGGAAGUGGUUAAACCGCCUGCAAAAAAGUUUUCCAAGCACCAUGUCCGGGUCCUCGACCACCAACCGAUCCAGAGUGAUGACAUGAAUGAUGGCCAAGAGCUAUUGAAAACCUCCAUCGUGGAGCCUCCAAAACCUAGCCCGGUCGAUAUCGUCGAGCAAGUUCGGUCAGCCCCCCUGGAAGAGCCCACUCCAGUCGAGCAACAAGCCAACAGAGCGCCAUCGGAAGUCGACUCGACAGUGGAGCCAGUUGACCACGCAGAGAUGUCGGCCCCACCGCCUCAAGAGAGCGUCGUGGAGGUCCAGCCAUCAACACCGACAAAGCCUUCUGUCCCGGCAUUAGAGCAGUCAGACAAGUUCGUCGUGGAUGACUUCGUGCGCCGCGCCAUCCCCCCCGACAUGGAUUCCGAAGGGGGUCGAAAGAAAACGCUUCUCGAGUGGAAGAUGCAGCCACCUCCCAUUUCAUCGCCUCGAGAAGACAGGAGCAAGCGCAAAAAAGACAAAGUCCCGCCGCCAGCUCGCUUUGCCAAAAUUCUUGUUGGCGGCCUCACACAGGAGAGCGUUCCAACCAUCGCACGCUAUAUUCAUUUGCUCGGAUUUGGCGAAGUAUUGCAUGCUAAGACAAAGGAGGAGGCAAUGGACUUGUGCGACCCCAGCUCUGGCCCGGGCAUGGAUCUGGUUUGUUUCGUGGUUGGCGCCCACCUCGAUGCCGCCAUUCCCGUCUUGCGUGCCUUAAUGGACAUGGUUGGCCCUCGAGUCCUUAUCAUUGGGGGCGACCCCAGCGAUCCUCUCAAGACCAGUACUGUCGCCGUGGAGUGUGUCGCUGAAGGCGCGCUGUACUUUGCGCCCAUCCCCGUCGACUACAUGGCAUUGCGAGAACGGAUGCAAGUGGUGCUCGAGAACGCUCCGCAAAAGUUUAUCUUUCGACGGAAACAAGAAAAGGCGCCGGCAUCGCCUUUGUUCAAAGCAUUGACCAAACCCGACGCCAAGACGAGCCCUACGACAAGCAGCAAACCACCAGAGAGCUCGUUCAAAACGCAGGCGCAGUCCCCUCCAUCAAACGUCCCGCCCGUUGACUCAACCCCUCCUUCCAAACGAUCGUGGUUCGGGGCUCGAUUGCCCACCUUGCGCGACUUCGUGGGCGGCGGGCUCCAAAAGAAGGGCAGCUUCUUGACCCAGAUGGUCAAAAAGUCGUCCAAAGGCAACGUAAUUGCUCCAACCCCCAUCGUGCCGUCGUCGCCACCCAAGUCGACGAGUUUUCAAUCGAUGAAGCGAUUCACUGCAUCGUUUCGAGGAUAACUCGUUCAAUCUAUUUAACACAACGUUCCAA